AUGAGUCGCCGGUUAUUCACACGCAUUGCUGAUGAUUUAGCGGGGCUAGACCCGUUUUUCACGCGACAACCCGAUGCUCGUGGUUAUGAAGGGUUCAGCACGUUACAAAAGUGUACUGCGGCCAUUCGCCAACUGGCGUACGGGACAGUGGCCAACGCUUUGGACGAGUACUUACAGAUGUCGGCAAGAACUAUGCGGGAAUGUUUGUAUCGGUUUUGCCAUAAUGUGGUGAAACUGUAUAGCAAAAAAUAUUUGCGGAAACCAAACGCGUAUGAUGUUCAACAGUUGUACCAAGCUCAUGAAGCACGACACGGGUUUUCGGGAAUGCUCGGUAGCAUUGAUUGUAUGCGUUGGGCGUGGCAGAACUGCCCGAAUGCGUGGCGAGGCCAAUAUACACGAGGUGAUCACGACCAUCCAACCUUAAUACUUGAGGCCGUGGCGUCACAAGAUUUGUGGGUCUGGCAUUCUUUCUUUGGUCUCCCUGGUUCACUUAACGACCUCAACGUGCUAUACCAAUUGGCGAUCUUUAGCGAUGUUGUUAAUGGAACCGGUCCGGACAUCAGUUUUACAGUUUCUGGGGUUGAGUAUAGACGCGGGUAUUAUCUUGCUGACGGAAUAUAUCCGUCUUACUCUACAAUUGUCAAGACUAUUCCAUAUCCCGAGGACGAAAAAAGGAACAAAUUCGCCAAGCGUCAAGAAGCUGCAAGAAAAGACAUCGAACGUUGUUUUGGUGUUCUACAAAAAAAUGGGCCAUCAUUGAACAACCGGCAUGUGCGUUCACACCGAAGAGGUUGCGCCUUUGUAUGUGCGCUUGCAUUUUGCUCCAUAACAUGA